AAAUCGGCGAAUUAUAUGUCCAAAGUAAUAAUGUAAGUACAGCACCAACAAUAGCUCCUACUAUGGCAUCAACGAUAACUCCAACUAUGGGACCAACAAUGACUCUAAGAAAGAAACCUAAAAAAAAAAAGAAGCUUAUCAAACCAGAAAUACAAAAGAAGAAUGCUGGACUAUACCACAAGAGCGUCAGAGAAAAGCGAAAAGCCAUACCACAAGAAUGCUGA